AUGGUGGAGGUAGAUGAGGGUCCACCGUUUCAGGAAGUGGUGUAUAGAAGAUCGGCUAGAAGACGCAGGAGACAAAAUCUGCUAUCUCUUUCUCUUUCAGGAUCGCCUCCCCAGGUUGAUCCCAACAUUCCACAGCAAUCCCUGUCAUUGGGUCCGGAUUGUUCUCUGAAGCAGAAUCCGGUCAAAGCUUUAGUUUUUGGUUCACUUGAUCAGGCACCUUCGGGUUCUGGUCUGGGCCUCAACGGCGACACUAAACAACUAGCAGUCAAAAGGUGGAUCACCUUUAACCGUCCUCUUUUUGGCGGUCUUUUGGAAACUCGUGUGAAAUACUCAAAUUUAGCUCCGUUAAUUACUCGUAACUUUCCGGGAUGGAGAUUUGACUCCAAUCAUUCUGAAGAGGCGGAAAAUGGAAGAAUAGUGGUUUUAUCAUCUCAAGAGGCAUAUUCCUUCAGGCCGUCUAAUUCACCUCUUCAGGGCAUCGCAGAUUUCAGAGACUGUCUUUCAGAUGCCAACCUGUUUGAGUUGUCAACCAGAGGAGUGUAUCAUACUUGGUCAAAUAAAUGUUCCUCAAAUCCUAAGACGAGGAAACUUGACAGAGCUUUGAUUAACGAACCUUGGCAUGACUACUUUCCAUCUUCAAACGCUUUCUUUGAUGUUCCAGGCUGUUCAGACCAUUCCCCUUGUCUAGUCACUAUAUCGGAUUCGAUCCGUAGGAGAGUGUCUCGUUUUAACUUCUUCAGCUUCUUCACAUUGCAUCCUGAGUAUCCAAGGCUUAUUUCGGAAGCUUGGAAUUCUCUUAUUCAACCUUCGGAUUCUAUGUUUGGCCUUUAUCAAAAGCUUAGAGCUGCCAAAUUAUGCUGUAAAUCUCUCAAUUCUACCCGGUUUAGCAAUAUUCAGGACAGAGCGAAACAGGCCUUUGAGAACUUAGAAAUGGUUCAGAGGCAGGUUUUACAGAAUCCUUCACCAGGACUUUUUGAAGAGGAAAGGGUAGCAAGGGAUGAUUGGCUUUUACUUGCUUCGGCUGAAGAAUCUUUCUUUAGACAAAAAUCCCGUAUCAGAUGGUUGCAAGAGGGUGAUGAAAAUACAGGUUUCUUUCACAAGUCUGUUAAGUCAAAUCUAUCUAGGAACAUCAUUCAUUAUCUUCAAGAUGGACUAGGAAACAGAGUUUCAGAUCCUUUGGUCUUAAAAGGAAUGGUCCUUUCUUUUUAUAAGCAGCUCCUUGGAACUGCAAAUCCCGAGGUAUCUCCUUACUCUAUCGCUGAGCUGAGAUCAAUUCUCUCUUUCAGAUGUUCAGACUCUUUGGCUGAGAAAUUAAUCAAACUUCCAUCAACGGAAGAAAUCAAAGAUGCAGUUUUUGCCUUGCCCAAGAAUAAGGCUCCAGCCGGGCCCACUACGAGAGGAUGUCUGCAAAUUGACAUCACUAAAGCAUACGACAACGUCAACUGGGACUUCGUUCUCAACAUCUUGGAAGCCUUACAGCUUCCUCAACUUUUUAUCUCGUGGAUCCGCUCUUGCAUCACUUCACCCCAUUAUCCAGUGGCGCUUAACGGAGAGUUAGUUGGAUUCUUUCCGGGGAAGAAAGGGCUGAGACAAGGUGAUCCGAUAUCUUCUUCCCUUUUUGUGUUGGCUAUGGAUGUUUUGUCUAAAGCUUUGGACUCUGGGGCUGCUCAGGGACGAUUUAGAGUUCAUCCUCUUUGUUCUGUCCCUUUGGUCACUCAUCUAAGUUUCGCCGACGAUUUACUGGUUUUUUUCGACGGAAAGGAAGAAUCCUUGGAAGGUAUCCUCGAGAUUUUAAAAGACUUUCAGAAAGUUUCUGGAUUAGCUAAGUUUGAGGAAGACUAG